AUGGCGGAUGACGAAGUUCGACGCAAGAACGAAAUCUCGGCCUUUGCCGCCAUGGCGCUAGGUGCCAACAACGCCGCCGAUGACGACGACAACGGCUCGGGAGAUCGCCCGAACACUACUCGCUCCGGAUCGGUCCACUUUUCGCAGCCCAGCACGCUAGAAAGCAGCAGCGAAGGUGUGACAGCGGCGGUCAACCAAAGUGAUGAGCCGCAGAAUAUAUUCGCCGACGCUGUGGCGCAAGCGGAAGACCGUACACCGUCUGGAACAUUUGCCUUUUCCAAGGCUUCCCACAAACACGCCAUGGCGGAAAGAUCCAAUUUAGAGGCGGCGGCAGCCGCAUUGGCGGACGGUGACCCGGCGACGGAAGGGGCCCAAGCCAAUUUUCCGGCACCGCCCUUGACGUCUCCACUACCACAACCGCCGACUCGUAAACCAGUUGAAGACGUUCCCAUGUUUGCUGAACAAGUGAUCAUGCCGAAGCCGCUAUUCUUUGGACCCAUUCUACCGCCGCGAGUCGUUCUGCAAGCGCGAAAGAUGGUUGUAGACGCCCAGCGGAGUCUCGGUUACGACCCAACUUCCAACGAUAUUCCCCCUCGACUCUCAGAGCUGCCUCCAGGCGUCCGCAACUUGGUUGGAGCCCUGCGCGUCUACGGUCACGGCAUUGAUGUUUUGGAGCCCAUCGACGAAGAUUCCGAAUUUUGGAGGGGAGAUGGAACUGUGCGAACCUUUCAACCAGUCUGGGACGAAACCUCACGGAACGAACGCGUUCACGAACACCGCAAACGACAGCGUCCGGAGGCGAUUUCCCGGGCGUCUACGGCGCCCGCCAGGCUAUGGCAAGAGACGGAGAGUGAGAAAACAGAAGACUCGGAAGAAUCACUGACGGACUUGGAAGCUCCGAUGACACCUAAUGGACUUUCCAAAAACGAACAGUUCAGUAUGUGGUUGCGUGCGGAUGACGAUUCGAUCGAACACUUGUCGGCCGGAAGUCCCCGCGAUAUGACCGAAUCAAUUGUUAGCGUACGCUCGGUUGAAAGCCUGCACUCCCCCGCCCGGCUUCCGGAAGUGCCACUUUUGGAAAAUUCUGCUCAUCCAUCAUCGUCGACGGCACCCCAACACCCGCUAUCGGACCAGGCGCUUUUCUCAAGGUGGGCACGCGGAGGAGCCAGUAUGGCAGCCAACGAUUCCAGCCGAUCUCUGGCAGACAGCACGGACAACGUUUCUGCCCCGGGAACUUUUCACCGGAUACCAAUAUUGUCCCCGCUCGACGAUAGUGACGAUGAUUCGGUCAAUUAUGAUGAGUCAAAAAAGAAAGUGGGGGCCAACGACCACCUGACAAAGGCGGUGGCAUCCUUUGGGGGAGAUCAACCCCUUCCAGCGUAUGGGUUGGUGGCAGCAGAGACCAAUUCACGAACGCUACUAUCGCAAGUACCGCUAAACGAAACGCAGAAACGGCCUCUAACGAAUUACGAACUCACUAAUGGGCGCGUACCCCUCUUUGGUGUGGAUGAUCCGCCUUUGCCUUCAGAGGCGGAUUUGGGUGCCCACGAUUCCAAGGAGGAACAGGCCAGGUCUUACGAACAAAAACGCUCGCAAGACAUUAUCGCACGGUUUGUGGCUCCCAACGUUUUCGGGUCCAUUGCUUGUCCGAAUCCAGCUAUGCAUCCCGACGACUUCCAUUCCUGGAAUGCCCGAGCUACGAUAGGUUCAAUCAACCAACGGAUUCAAAAUGGGGGUGCUCGUAGUGCAGCAGCCUCAGUGGCUUCUGAUGGAUUAAGCCUACCUUCUCUGUUACCUCAUGUACGGCGCCCGUUGCAACAAAAUGGGUCGCUUUCGCAAAAACCCAAAAAGCCCAACGGACGGAAGCAGUACGUGUCACGUUCCAGGUACGGGUGGUGGAAUGUGGCAGAAGAGGACGACGAAGGAAAGGAGAAGUUUUCAAAGAGAGAUGGGGCUAAAAUCAAAGAAGAGAGCAGUAUCGUACAGGAGGAAAACCCUAUGUUACUACCACCCGUCCAUCAUAGCUCUUCCGCGCUGCAAGUCGUCACCUUACUGGAGCCUUCGCCCGAGGAUUUGCAUAAGGAGAACCUUCCUUUAUCUCGAAUGCACGCUGCAACGUCGAUGGCACAGUCGUUACCGUAUAUUUCCGAUCGGCCCCCGAAUUAUCGAUACCUCCAAAUAGACGCACAGGCAGUUGGUUUUCCACCCAUGGGGGCUGAAGUUGAACCGCUGUUUUGCAAAUUGUCGAUCUACAAUGUCGAGACGACAACGAACGAAGCGGCCGGAAAUGCGUCCGCUACCCCCACACCAAACUUUAGUCGAUGCGGUCGAGUGACAGAGGGCCUACACUUUGAUGUGGUCAGCGACGAAGAGGUUGCCGAACGUUGCCAUGCGGCGCUGUGGCCAUACUCAACGUCUAGUCCGCAGUCGAAGAUGUUACGUCCCCGUGGUGAAAGCCACGAACCAGAGAGGUUGCAAGGUACUCGAUGUGGUGUAUUCCCUUUACCUUCAACGUUGAAUAAUGACAGUCUAUACGCGGUUUUGGUUGUUCACAAGGUUUUUUCUGACGAUGGUGACGUCGCGCCGUAUUUGAAGGCCAGCAAAGUAGCAACUGAUGUUGGAAAGUUAAAGGUUCAUGCCGAAAGAGCAUCAAAUCGUCAUGGGGCUCUGCUGAUGCCAUUCGCUUUCGGAGUGGCGCCGCUGCUCCAAGUCUUUGGUAUCGACAAUCCUGUGGUGGCCAGUAGUCGUGCUGUUCAGAUUCCUUUGUUUCGAUACUCUCCUGGUUUAGGAGAACGCCAAAUUGUGGAUCAUAUUAUGGUUAUGCUUUUUCCGAAGGCUGCUCACCGGGUAGACGGUCUGUCAGGACCAGCAGCGGUAACGAACGGGGGUGCAGCAAUGCUAGUUAUGCGCAAUUUUGGUUAUCUUGGUCUGCAUUCUGUCGUCGACCCCAAAAGCUCGUUGGCUCGAGAUCGACUGGUGGACUUUACAGGGGAAUUGCAGCUUCGAAGAAGAGCAGACGAAAAAAAAGAUCAAGACAUCACGAAAUCUGUGAAGCAUGAUGCAUAUUUAAAUCGCUUACCUUCGUGGCACUCUCAGUAUUCUGCCGAACCUACGGUCAAUGGAGGAAGGAAUUCUGACUACGUCCCUGGGAAUGAAAGCGAAAAAUGUGAAGAUCACUCAUUACUGUACGCACAAGAAUUAGCACCUUUGCCACUCCAGUUUCACGGUGUCGAAAGUUUUUACAACACGUCCUUUUACAAUGAGCUCCUUUUCCAUCCUCGAAUGCUUCACAACUGCCCAAAAGGCAAUACAGUUAUAAAAGUCGAACUUAGGGAGCUGGAAUGGAAUAAAAAGUACGGAGUCUUUUUGGCACAUUUGCCCGAAUGCGGUCCGAGCAUUCACAACAAUAGAAGAGGCCCGAGUUUGGUUCAGAGCUCGUUUUCGUCGUGUUCUCCGCGAGGAAGUGGACCGAAUUUCGUUGACGAGUUUAAGCUGAAGCUUCCUCUCGACCUGCAGACAAGAAGAGGAGAACGCACAGGGGCACUGGCUCUUUUGUUUACGGUAUAUCACGUUAAGGUUUCGUCCAGAACAAAGUGGAGUAAAAGAGCUAAAAUGAUAUUCGGAACGACGCACCCUGCCGAUUCCGCAGGUGAGCAAGAGGAACUUGAGUCUGUUGAGAAGUCGCGAUUAAAACAAAUUGCAUGUGGCUUCCUUACUAUUGGGUCUCAGGCGAGCGUGAUCGACAAUGGCACACAUGACGUUCGAGUUAGCUAUACAGCAAAACAUCCACCAACCGAGAUCACAGAUCAAGGCAUAAUAGAUCCAGGAGGCCUUGUCCUCAUUGAGCAAGGGGAGGGAAACGAUGGAAUUCUUCCAUCAUUCGACGGCCCGUACGAUUCUUGCGCUGAAACAUCAGUUGUAUCAAACGACAGCUGGAUAUCAGAUCGGCUUACGCACGAGGUAACGAGAACUGAUGCUUCGAUUGCAAGUGCAUCGGAUUUGGCUUCGAUCGCCGAAGACUCAUCCACCAUUGGCUCUAAGGCAAUGGCUGCUACCGAGAUUUCCCUAUCGGUGCGAGUGAUUGUACAUUCCUCAGUGCAUCCUCAAAACGAAACAAUUGCCCGUUUUCUACAGAAUGAGCCAGAAUUGCCUUGCCGGCCAUUGAUUCCGAGCGGCUUGUUUCUUUCGAGUAUAGCUAUGGGCAGAGAUUUCCUGCGGGAUCAGGCUGAGCUUCGAAGCGCGCAUCAAUCCGAAGCUGACCUUGUAAAGCUUACGGUAGACAUAGCGGAUAAGCGGUGCUGUCCAUUUUCGUGUUCGGCUUCUCAUCUCCUCAGACUAUCAGCGUCGCUUUGGCGAUCACUUGCUUUUGGGAGCGGAAAACCAGAUCUCGUGUGGGCAAAUCCAUCAGCAGUCAUUCCACUACGGGUAGAGUCUUUUGCAUCACUCAUGGGUAUAGUUUGUUCAGCUGCAAUCACGUGUUCCAAACGGGGUAUCACUCAAGUCGAUGGCGUUACAAAGCUGAGUGUCGUCGCCCUUGGACGUGUUCUCGCCCUUGUUUUCGAUGAAGAGCGUCUUUUUGCAGAACAAGCAGUUGAAGUGUUUGAUCAAAGCCAUUACUCUUUUGAGGACUCCUCGCAAUAUCAAAAGCGCCAGAAUCAUUCCUACAAGAAAACUCCUAAAAAAGGACGACACGUUCGGCAAAAUUUCGCCCUUUUGAAUAACGACACAUCAGGUAGACAGAACAAUCAAAAAAAUUUAACUUUUCCCGGAAAGAAAGCCGAUCUCGUCGACUUCCGCCAGGGUACAGUCACUGUCCCACUAUCUGCGCAAGUUUCCGACAUGGGAGAGUCCACCAAAGAUUCAACUUGGAAUCCCGUCAAAAGCGAUGAAGGCAGCUCAAAAUCAUCAAGUUCAACUCAUGAACAUAAAGUUGAUUCCAAAUCUGAUUUUCAAAGUGCACUUCGCAUCGCUACAUCAGAGGAUGACUCCGACAUUUCAAUAGAAAACACGGGUGUAAAGCGUGCCGCGGCUAUGAUUCAGGCUUUCAACGGAGCUUCCCGAGGAAACAGAAAAUGGAUGACUGCUCCGGCUAUUGCACUAUCCACCAUUAAGGAAUCGGAGGAUGCUGAUGCUAAUGAUUCAGAAAUCUUUGAAGAACGACAGCAAAUGAAACUAUCGUCAUAUUCUAGGGACUCUUUGGAUGAUGAAAUUGUUUUGAAUUCCGACAACAAAGUGAGACCUAAACAAAUGCGCGUUCCAAAGGUACAAAAAUCAGAAGUGAGCAACGUUAUUGGAACUUCAACUGUGAUCGAAACUCCCACAGAGCUUAGCAAGGCUAAUAUUCCACAGUCUGAUCUUGAAAUUGAAAGAGCCGGGGUAGCGUUUCUAGAUGUAAUCGGAAAAAGCCUUGGAUUGAGCAAUCAAUCUCACGAGUUAUCCAUUUCCAGCUCAGAUGCUCAAGCAAUGGUAGGAGAAGAAAGGCGGGUAGGCUCGUCUCAUCACCGAAAGACACAGAGUCGUUCUAGUAUCGAUUGGACUUUGAAAGGGGAGGAAUUCGGAUCAAUAUCUCAAGACGCUCAGCUUGACAUGCGUGGUGAAGCACCAAAGGAUACAAAUGAGGAGCACGCAGAAGCAAUGUCUACUCUGCAAAGAGAAGAUGGUAAUUCGUGUCAGCUCCCCGAUUACGUUGAUCGCCUCGUCGCAUUCGGAAGGUCUUCGAGUCGUUCCGGUCGGUGGUUUCCGUAUAUAUAUGAAAUUAUAAUCAUGCAAUGGGCAGGUAUUUUGUCGCAACAAAGCGGACAGGGUGAGAAACCUCGAAGAGAGAACCCUGGCGAAGCACCGAAGAAUUUCUCUGUACCAUCCGGUGAUGAUAAUCUCAACGAAGUUGCGUUCAGAGCUUUGGGUGUAGCUGUCGCUAGCGCUCCUUUGCUGUUCGAAGUAAUCAAGAAGAGCCUCGGCUUUCGAGUUUCUCGCCUGUUUAACCAUGAAUUGUCGAAAAGCAACAGAAAUGUGUGUCCACCUCUGGUUGAGCUGGACAAAACAUUGUUUGGGACAUUGGAACAAAUCAUAUCGAUGCUGACAGAUGCUUGUAUUGACUCAAGAAACUUUGACUCACUGGACCACCGACAGAUGAGUUUUGAUGUGAAUGACUCUAUUAUUCGCUUUCUAAGGGAUAUGUUCAGUUUUUUGACUCCCAGCACCGUCUACCGUCUAAUUCUGACUCAUUUAUCACGAUUCUUGGCAAAGGAUGGAAAGAACUGGCAAGACAGGGACUCCGAUAUUGGUCUAAGAUGCUCCUGGGAGGUUGCAAAGCUACGGCUAAACACAAUCACUGCUCUUGUAAGGUUCCCUGACUUUGUACGAGUAAACUCCCCACAGAUGCUCAACUGGGGUGAUUGGUGGACAAGAGCUCCAGUAUUGACCACAGCCACAUUCUUUGAUGCUGUUUUGUCAAAGUUUGAGAAGUUUCGCCUUCCUGAUCUGGUUGACAGCGAAGGAUUGAUGCAGAGCUCGAAGGCUACUGGCGUUUCCAACAAUGCACAUUUGCGUCCUCAUUGGCUUGCAGAACUUGUCAUCGAUAUCUGUCUUCUUGGAUCUGAACAUGCAGAACAGUACAUACAAAACCGAUCAUCCUCCCUUGUUCACGAGCUCCUCUGGUCAUGUAGCCAAGAGAGUGUUUUGGCGGAAAGAGCGACGGCUGUUGCAAGUAUGUAUGCCACUCUACUCGAGAAGCUCUUGCAACGUAUCAACUACCUGUCUAGCUUUGCACCGAAAAGCCAGCUUCGUAUAGAUCUCUUAACGUCUGCAAUCUACGUGUUGCAAUCCGCUCCUCCACAUUUGCUCCGUGCCCUUUGGAGGAAGCUUCUCUCUCGAUUGAGAGGAAAAGGAUCACUGGACAAGUACUGCUUGUGUAACAAGUCAAGUUCGUUGGGCGGGCUGGCAGUAGACGAAGAAAACCAAGGUAGACUUCCGAAAGGCACAGUGGAACUGAAAGAAGAAGCAGACGUGCUGGACAUGUUUUGUUUACUAAAUUUAGCGCUAAAGACGGCUGAAUACGAAGGAUGCGAAGAACAUCUCGAAGGCGAUAGUGCUGCCGAUGGCCGGGACAGCAUUGAGGUUUGGCGACGAGCAUACCUACUAGCUCACAGUCAGUGCGGGGAUCGAAGUUCGGACGCGCAAGAAAGAAAUUCGUUUGAAAGUCGCCGUCAGCAAAGCGUUGCCGACUCUAGCUAUUCGAGCUCGAUUUCCCGAAAAUGGCAAGCACACGAUGGCUCGAUCGUCAUUGUGAAUACCGGCCAUCAGAUCAAUAUGGAGCUCUACCAUAUCUUGAGCGCAACUAUCGACGGACAGUCUCUGUUGAAUCCGGCAAUUUAUAGCAAAAUUAGGAAGCACAGUGGUAUCAGACCUAUCGCGUGCUCUCUGAUGUUGAGCUAUGUUGAUGUGGUCGUAUUCGUAAGGGCUUCUACUUCGCUGUAUUUGCAUGCACUCGCACUGAAGCAGAGCGACAUUGGCAUCAUCCGGACCUUCCAACUUUCCGGCGAGGUGAUCAAGAUCUUCGGGAUAAAACUGUUUCUUGAUGCUGUUGGCGAAACGCUACAGCACUGGAUGCGGGUCAUUUCAUUUCAAUGCGGCGCACGGCGAGCCAACGUUCGAGUCGAGGCAACGGAUUUGCUUGAACUCAUCUUACGAAGCACAUGGGAAUGUUUUGGAAGCUUCUUUAGGAUCAGAGUCCCACUGCUUGCUGUCCAAACUGAAGUGAUGGAACGAAUUGUUGCAACAGCAGCGGCCCGCUUCUACAGGGACCAGCGUCGACUACGCACCGCUGUUGACACGUUUUCGAACAUCAGCGCCGAGGCUAGCUUAGUACCUCUCUGGCGCACACUCGAUCGGAUCGAAAAGCAACCUGCGAGCCAAAACAUUGCAUUUCGUGUCGCACUCAUUCGAAUGUCUCAGAAAUUGAAGAAGCUUUACCGGGCUUACAUCGGCGCUAGAGUAUUGUCAUGCAUUCAAGGCACCGCAGCAAGCAAAGAUCUCGAAGAUGACGAAGUCGUACAUGAUUACGAAACGGAGGGUCUUCUGCGAGCCAACCGAAUCAACGUCCUUCGCGUAAUCAACGCAUCUGAAGGGCACAGCAAACAAUUUCUUGGGUUUCAGGGUACUCACCGAACGACUAGUCGAGUGGCACACUACGAAGCGGUCGAGGACGCCUUUAUUGAUGCUGCUGACGUCUUCUCAGCCACGGAAUUGCCAGAACACCGGGUUGCCUGGCUUCAAAUGCUCGCUGACUUUCAUGCAUCGAGAUCGAAAUCUGCUGAGGAAGCUACUUGUCACUUUUUUAUUCAUUUGACGUAUCAGCAAGCUGCCCCGCUUCACCGCUCCUUAUGGUCAAGUACGGCUUUUCUUCCAUGGACCGACAACAUGCCUGACCCAGUAUACAUAGAUGGAGAUAACCCUACUGUCGACCCUGACUAUACAUCCGAUUACGAUCUAGAAGAAGCCUCUGGGAACUUGGGGCGAGAUGCCAACUCUUUUCGACGGAUCUUCUACCGAGUGGCCAAUUCGGUUGGUGUCGAAAAUACCGAAUGGCAAAAUAGUCUGAGCAAAACGCUAUUUGGUGGCAUUGCAUUUUCGAUCGAAUACCACACGCUUCGUCCAUGGAUAAGCCUUCGAAAAAUGGAAGAAAACAUGGUAGAAGAAGCAGAAGGGGCGGGGGAACUGUUCCUCAAGGCAGGAAUUGUCGAGAGCAGUCGCCUCGCGUGGAACCUCGCUACUCAGUAUUACGCCGAGAAAUUCAACUACGGAAAACUAUCUGUUGUCUACCGACAUCUUGCUCAAACUGUCGUCUCGGAAGUGCCCCCGAUCGAUACCAGUCUGCCACAGGAAAUGUCUGCAACAUUGGGGCGAUUUUAUCGAGUCUGGUUUCAUGGAGGAGCCCCGGACGAGCUUAGUGGCGUUGAAUUUGUUUAUCGCGCUGAUAGUAGUGUGGCAUUAGACCAAUUUGGUGAAGAGCUUCGAGGAGUAAUAAAGUCAAUCAUACCUGACAAGACACCUAUCCACUUGGUCCUCGACGGCCGCCCCGAAUCAAGACUAGAGGAAGGCAACAUCAGCUUGGGAUUCAGCCGAAUUGGCCCUGCGCCGCUCGAGCCUGUCCGAAUCAAGGUUACUCCAUUGCGACCAAUGCUUGGGAAUAGCUCUCAUAUGCGUGGACUUCCUGAGUGGUUCCACAGCUAUGUGAGUGAAUCCUUUUCAGGCUUAAGCCAUCGACCGAUGAGCGAGAGGAAUCGGGGAGGACUGCGCCGGAGUGAGUCUAUUGCAAGCGAAAAUGGAGAUAGGCGCCGAGAUAUCCGACACCGUGACCAUGCAAGAUCGUUCAGCGCCUCUGUCUUUUCAUCUGGAGGGAGUUCGGCUGCUGGUACGCCCACCGCUCGCCGGAACCCAAUUGGCCGUGUACACGAUGGGGAUCGACUAAUGCGAUUUUCAAAUCCCGCAGUUAGCGUGUUAGCAGGAGUUGACAAAUUUUGUUUCGUCCAACCCAAGGACAGGUCAAGUAAGGCGAAAGAUUGGUGGAAGAGCUCGUCCGGUGAUUUUGCCGAGAAAUCCUUAAAAGUCACUCAACUUCAGGUCGGCCAGCAGUUUCCAGCUUGCGUUACUCGACAAGCCGUCGUUCAUCGGUUGGUCUACUCCCAAAGUCCGCUUGAAGCAGGAGUUGACUCAGUAUGUCAAUGGUGCGCCGUACUGUUCCGGACGGCUGUUGCUACUGUGGGCAUGGCCGUUAUAAGGACCAACACAGACCCAGGCAUAGGCAAUGAUGCAGCGAAAAUUGUGGCCGACUGCAUUCAUUCGAGUCACGUUAAGGAAAUCGGGUUGGCGCUUUUGAAAAGAAACUCAGAUUUUCCUGAGCACGAUCCGAAUUCGGAUUUUCUGACCGACAAUGAUCGUUUAUCCGAUGAGGAAAUCAAAAAGCUUCAGGUGAAACUUGCACGUUUGAUUGUCGUCUUUGUGGAGCUCUUGCAUUUGUUAAUUGCUCGCAAUCGAGACAUUCUCUUGGGGGUAAUCAAGGAUAGGAAAAAAAGCGACAAUUCUAUGGCUGAGACUGGCAGUGGGAAUCGAAGUUUUCAUCGCACUGCCUCGCUUGGUCCUACAGUUUCGGAUAGCAUCGAUCGCCAUCCUCGAUCUAACAUCCACCAGCAGCGGUAUCCCCAUCAGCGUCACGACAGUCAGGGUAACAUGCACGAUUUCAGCGCUCUUCAGCCGUCUAGUUCGGUGCCUCCGCUAGGUCCGCCUAGGUGGCGCCGUCAGCAGCACACUGACCAAACUGACACAGCGCCCCAUCACACCAGGAGUCAAACUGACGGGGGAGCAACUCGUUCCGGGGAAUUUCGGUCGAAUCGUUCAGACACGGACAGUCGUGGAGCAGGGCGGUACAAGGGACAAAAUCCGUCAGUUGAGCACCUCUCGACAGACUCGGGUUCCAACAGUGGUGGAGCGGUUUUCCGUACCGACUCUGCGAUUGCUGUCCAGAGUGAACUACAGCGAGCUUUUAUAAGUAUGCGCACCGAAAUUCCGAUUGCACAGGAGCUUUGCUUUGCCACGGGUGGCGACAGCAGUGUAUUUAUCGACGCGGAGAAUGCCUCUGCUACCGGAGGAACGCUCAAAUCACUAAGCGACUCGAAUUGGCCUGGUGUUCAGACGCAGCAUCCGUUUUACGACGGUUCACAGCACGAGAGCUUGGCUGGCGGGAGCGAUCGUGGUUCGGUCGUUUCGCGUGGAUCCGAGCCUUACGGAAUCAGCUUAAUUUAAAUGAGAUAUAGCAAUUCCUGCGCAUUGCAUUCCGUGUU